AUGGCCGACAAUUUCAAGGACGAUGGUCCAGAUACAAUUGGACCCGAGACUACACCAAGGAGGUCAUUCUCCGAGAAAGGCCGUCGCUUGGUCAAAGCCUUUACGACCAAAGAAGGCCUAGUAGGCGACUAUGACUAUGCCUUUCUGUUCAAGCCUCAGCUACCGUUCAUGAAACGGGCAAGACGGGCAGGCCCCUUCUUCGGUCUCGACGACAAAAUGCCAGUCUUUCUUGCCUUGCUACUAGGUUUUCAGCAUGCUCUUGCUAUGCUGGCGGGAAUCAUCACGCCUCCCAUUAUUCUAUCGGGCAGUGCCAACCUGAUUCAGGCAGACCAGCAAUAUCUGGUAUCAGCGUGUCUUAUCAUGAGCGGUAUCUUGAGCAUCAUUCAGAUAUCACGCUUUCACAUCUGGAAGUCACCUUACUACAUUGGCACUGGCUUGAUAUCGGUCGUGGGAACAUCUUUUGCAACUAUCCCUGUUGCUACAGGUGCAUUUUCGCAAAUGUACGCCACGGGUUUCUGUCCGUCAGACGCGGAUGGUAACCCUCUCCCUUGCCCUGAUGGAUAUGGUGCCCUGAUUGCCACUUCUUGUGUUUGUGCUCUUCUCGAGAUUCUGAUGAGCUUUACUCCACCAAGGAUCCUGAAGAAGAUCUUCCCACCCAUCGUUACCGGACCCACUGUCAUGCUGAUCGGUGUGUCCUUGAUUAGCUCAGGCUUUGAGAACUGGGCUGGAGGUAGCGGUAGCUGCCUGUCUCGCCCUGAAACUGGUCUCUAUCGUCUGUGCCCCACCAUUAACGCACCUCACGCCCUUCCUUGGGGAAGUGCAGAGUUCGUCGGACUGGGAUUCCUUGUCUUCGUCAGCAUUGUUCUGACUGAGCGCUUUGGCAGCCCAAUCAUGAAGUCGUGUGCUGUUGUCAUCGGUCUUCUGGUCGGGUGUAUCGUAGCUGCUGCAUGCGGCUAUUUCGACCGCAGCGGAAUUGAUGCUGCACCCGUUGCCAACUUCAUCUGGGUUCGCACUUUCAAGCUUCAGGUCUACGGUCCCCUGGUCUUACCGUUGUUAACUGUGUACAUCGUCCUGGCAAUGGAGGCCAUUGGUGACAUCACGGCAUCGUGUGAUGUAUCUCGCCUUCAGGUCGACGGAGCCACAUUCAAUAGCCGUAUUCAAGGCGGUGUCCUUGCUGACGGGCUGAACGGACUAAUUGCAGGUCUCUGCACAUUAACGUAA